UUUAGUGAAUAUCAUAUUUGGUAUUUAAUUUUUGCUAGGAUUAUAGGCUGGACUCUGGAUCCAAGAUCUACAUGUAGUAGAUCCACCAAAAACAUACCUUAAGCCCCUAGCACUAUUUUAAUACCCAGAGCCUGGCUGAGCUUCUGCCAUCUGUCCUCCUAGGCUCCUUGAGGUCUAGACAUCUCAUUUGACAUAACUCAGCUGUGGCCCUUGGUGGAUCUCAUCCUUAGUACUACUCCCUGCUGGCAGGGGUGACCCAGGCCCACAUAAGCCAUUUCUGGGCUCCUUGGAGGACUUAGAGAAUCCUGAGAUUGCCCAUGAGGAUGGGUCAUGCUUUGCACCCCUUCCAAUCUAGCACCCAUGUCUCCUGAUGCCUUUGGGUAUUUAGAAGCUCACAGGGUCCUUGGAUGUUCUUAUACCUCCAUUUUCUACAGUGUGACUCCUAUACUCCUGAGCCAAAGUAGAGAAUUUUGAGGAGGCUUACGUGAAGAUUUAUGGUGGCCCCCAUCGUUCUGUGAGACUGGUAAAGGGAACAGACCACUUAGACUUCUCCCCCAGGAGAAUAUGUAAGCUAGUGGAGGAAAGGUCAGUAACGAAGUAUGCAUUUAGUAUACCAGGCUGUCAGAGCAAACAUCUAAGGAAAAACAGAGGGCAUCUUAUUGCAACUGGCCCAGCUGUGUUAGACUAGGAGAUAUUAUACAACCUUGAAAAAUCAAGGAGAUGUGACCUUACUAAGGAACAAAAUUAAUCUACAAUAAUUGACCAUAAAGAAAUGGAAGUAUCUGGCCAGGUGUGAUGGCUCACACUUGUAAUCCCAGCACUUUGGGAGGCCAAGUUGGGUGGAACACUUGAGGCCAGAAGUUCAAGACCAACCUGGCCAACAUGGCGAAACCCCAUCUCUACAAAAAUACAAAAAAAAACAAAAAAAAAUUAGCCAGGCUUGGUGGUGGGCACCUAUAAUCCCAGCUACUCAGGAGGCUGAGGCAGGAGAAUUGCUUGAACCAAGGAGGCAGAGGUUGCGGUGAGUCAAUAUUGCAUCAUUGCAAUAUAGAUUCUAGGGCUGAAGAAUACAGUAACUGAACUGAAUCAAUACAGGGCCUCAAGAGCAGACUUUAUAAAGCAAAAGAAAGAACCAGUAAAUUCAAAGACAGAUCAUUUGAAAUUAUGCAAUCGGAAGAGUCAAAAAAUAAAAAUAAUGUUUUAAAAAGUGAAGAACCUCUGUCUGACUUUGCUAAAAAUUAGAAGUUCCUAAGAACUUCUGUUUGUGUGUGUGUGUGUUUCUUUUUUUUUUUUUCCCGGAGACUUGCUCUUGCAGAGUCUUGCUCUGUCACCCAGGCUGGACUGCAGUGGUGUGAUCUUGGCUCACUGCAACCUCCACCUCCCUGGUUUGAGCAAUUCUUACACCACAGCCUCCCGAUUAGCUGGGAUUACAGGCGCCUGCCACCACACCCAGCUAAUUUCUGUAGUUGUAUUACAGACAGGGGUUCACCAUGUUGGCCAGGCUGGUUUUGAACUCCUUAUUACCACAGGUGAUCCUUCUGCCUCAGCCUCCCAAAGUGUUAGGAUUACAGGCUUGAACCACCACACCUGGCAAGAACUCCUUCUUAUGUUAGAUUUGCUAGAGUUUAGCAGCUCACAGAACCCAGGGAAAAAGUUUACGUAGUAUUGCUGAUUUAUUGCAAAGGACAUUUUAAAGUUACAAUGAACAGACAGUGGAAGAGUUACAUACAGCAAGAUUUGGAAGGGUCCUAGGUUUAGAAAUUCUGUCUCCAUGGAGUUGGGAUAUGCCAUUCUUUCCGCAUGUGAAUGUGUUCUUCACCUACCAGGAAGCUCUUUGAAUCCCAUCAUUCAGGGAUUUUUAUGAACUGUUCAUCUAGUAUGCAUAAUUGUUAUCAACUCAAUCUCCAGCCUCUGACCCUUUCCCAGAGGAUAGGGGAUGGGACUGUAUGUUCUAGGCUUCUAGUCAUGUCUUGGGCUUUCAGGUGAUUGCCCCACAUGUUAGAGCCCAAUAAUAAUUGUCUCAUUAGAACAAAAGACACUCCUAUUACCCAUGAAAUUCCAAGGCAUUACAAUUUCUGUUGGGAACCAAAGUCAAAGACCAACUAGAACAAAAACUUAUAGCAACUCUAUUGCUUAGGACAUUGCAAGGGUUUUGAGGGAGCUCUAUCCCAGAAACUGGGGAUGAAAACCAAACUAUGUAUUUCUUAUGAAUAACAAUGUCACUUAUAUGUUCAUGUGUUCAUGUUGUUAGUGUCCUUUCAUGCAACUUGAGGAACUCCCUUUAGCAUUUCUUGUAUGUCACUUGUAAAGUGGGUCUUUUAAGAUAUCCACCAUCGUAAAUGAGAUUUAAAGCUGCUUGGUAGAUAAAUUCAGCAUGGAUUCAUCUAAGGUCAGACUUGAGGGAGUGGUAUUUCUAGAAGCCUCACAUGGAAGAGAGAAUCAUUCAGAACAAGUGUAUCCAGAGGACCAGUGGAAGGGAGAAGGAAUGGAGGGAGGCAUCUGAGGGCUGAGAUGCCUGUGGAGAAAGCCUACAAGCACACAAACCAAGAAUAACUAAAUCUGAGAAAUUCCAGGAUUUCUCUGUAGGUGGUGACCACGUCUACAUCAUUCAGGGAUUCUUAGGAUUUGGAAUCAGAGGGAAUUGAACAUUUCAGAAUUCCAUGGGCUAGGUAGCACAUGAAACUUAAUGAUUUUCAUAUAUCUAGCUCUAAAAUCAAGAUGUUUUUUAUCUUUCUUGGUAAGAAUAGUCAUUAUCUUUCUUCUGACCCUGGAAGAGGAGAGACACCAACCCAACCCACCCCCCACCCACUGCAUGUCCUUGUUGGUUGGACUGGGGCUCCCGGCUUUGGGGCAGAUGUUGUAAGCAAAACUGGAGUGUCAUGGUUUCUUCUUGCUCAGAUUUGUCUUCUUAGUGCUUGGAUGGUGUGAGUGAAAACCCAGAGGAAUACAGUUGGUGGCUGAACUAGUAUGAUGCCAUCACAGACUUCACUCGAGAAGAGUGGGCCCUGUUGGACACUUCCCAGAGAAAGCUGUUUCGAGAUGUGAUGUUGGAGAACAUCAGUCAUCUGGUCUCUAUUGGUAAAGAAGGUGACAUUAAACAUCAAGAAAUACCAUUCAUUCAGCAUAUUUAUCAGAAGGACACAUCAACCAUCAGCACAAUGAGAUCUCAUACUCAAGACGAUCCUUUUCUAUGUAAUGAUUUAGGAGAAGAUUUCACUCAACAUAUACCAUUGACUCAAAAUAUGGUUACUUACAUGAGUAAGAAACAAUUUGUAAGCAAAAUGUUUCGGAAAACCUUCAGUAACCAGUUAUCCUUUAAUCAACACAAGCAAAUUUACACUAGGUAUAAAUCAUAUGUAAGUCAUCUAUUUGAUUAUGCCUUUAUGCAAAGCUCUGACCUUAGACCACACAAUGUGACUCAAACUAGAGAGAUAACUUUGGAAUGUCAUGUGUGUGGGAAAACCUUCAGCAAAAAUUCAAAUCUUAAGCGACAUGAGAUGAUUCACACUGGAGAGAAACCACACAGAUGUGAUCUGUGUGGGAAAGCCUUUACUCAUUGCUCUGAUCUUCGAAAACAUGAGAGAACUCACACUGGAGAGAAACCAUAUGGAUGUCAUCUAUGUGGGAAAGCCUUCAGUAAAAGUUCUAACCUUAGACGACAUGAGAUAAUUCACACUAGAGAGAAAGCGCAGAUAUGCCAUCUAUGUGGGAAAGCCUUCACUCAUUGCUCUGACCUUAGAAAGCAUGAGAGAACUCACUUAGGAGAUAAACCAUAUGGGUGUCAUCUAUGUGGAAAGGCCUUCAGUAAAUGUUCUUACCUUAGACAACAUGAGAGAAUUCACAAUGGAGAGAAACCAUAUGAAUGUCAUCUAUGUGGAAAAGCCUUCUCUCAUUGUUCUCACCUUAGACAACAUGAGCGAAGUCACAAUGGAGAGAAACCACAUGGAUGUCAUCUAUGCGGGAAAGCCUUCACUGAAUCAUCUGUGCUUAAACGACAUGAGAGAACUCACACUGGAGAGAAACCAUAUGAGUGUCAUAUAUGUGGGAAAGCCUUCACUGAAUCUUCUGACCUUAGACGACAUGAGAGAACUCACACUGGAGAAAAACCAUAUCAAUGCCAUCUCUGCGGAAAAGCCUUCAAUCACUCUUCUGUCCUUAGACGACAUGACAGAACUCACACUGGAGAGAAACCAUAUGAAUGCAGUAUAUGUGGUAAAGCCUUCAAUAGAAGUUAUAACUUUAGACUUCAUAAGAGAGUUCACACUGGAGAGAAACCAUAUGUUUGUCCUCUAUGUGGAAAAGCCUUUAGUAAAUUUUUUAACCUUAGACAGCAUGAGAGAACUCACACUAAAAAGUAAUGAAUAUUUAAGAGUCAUCAGUCAUAGCAUUAACCCUAAAUACACGAGAGUACUAACAUAUUACAGGAAAAUUUUGUCUGUAAUCAGUGUGGAAAAAGACUUUAUUUAUAAAUUACCACUUCAUUCUACCUAAAUUUAAGGUAGAAAGAAUCCAUAUGUAUUUCAUCUAUAUGGCACAAACUUCAGACUCUGGGCUGACCAUAUACAACAUGAGAGAAUGAAACUAUAGAUCAAAGAAAUAUGGAGGAAUCUUCAUCCACAGCUGUAACUGUUAAACAAAGGGGAGAAAUCAUGUCAGAGAAAUUCUAUGCCUGUCAUCAAUGCAAAAAUGCCUUCAUUGAUAACUUACCCUUUAAACAAAUGAGUAAAAUCCACAGGAGAAAAACCAUAUGUCUGUAAUUGCUGUGCACUGUCAUUCAGCUAAGCACCAAUUUUGGUGUGUGCCAGAAAAUUCAUUAUCAGGUAACUGAUAAAACAGUAAACAUAUGGAAAUAUUUUUUAUUAGGUGGAUGAAGGUUCUUGAACAAUUCCAGAAACUCGUAGUGGAGAAGUUAUUCCAUGAAAACUUGUGAGAAAUCCUUUUCUUAAUAGCGCAGCACUUGUAUGAUAGACCACAAUUCACAUGUGGUAGAACUCUCAAUGUCAUGAAUGGAGGGUAGUUCUCAGUAAAUUACUCAUUCCUCAAUCAAUAACAGCAUUUUUCCAUUGAGAAAACAAUCUUGACAUGAUAGUGGGAAAAGCUUCAGGCAGCUUUUAUGUCAAAAAGGUCAGACAGGAAAGAAAACUCUAAAAAGCCAUUUAUGAGAUGUAUAGCUGGGGGAUAAGAAAUCAAACCAUUAAGCCUAUGCUUGAGGGAAAAAAAAAGUAUAGUUUUGAACAAAGACUUUCUACUGAAAAUAUGUAGGAUGAAAUGUACAAUUCUGAAAUAACCUGGGAAUACUGAAUGCAGAAUUAUGUAAGAAGUAAUAAGACUAAAUUAGUACUGUCAAAAGUGCAAGCAUUAAGUGUUGUUGCUAAAUAAUAGGUUGAUUAAACUCUAGGUUCUUAAUUAAGUUUUAAACACAUAGAUCAGGGUCAAUUAGAAAAUAGGACCCUGCAUGGUGGGUCACACCUGUAAUCUCAGCACUUUGGGAGGCUGAAGUGGGUGGAUCACUUGAGGUUAAGAGUUUGACACCAGCAUGGCCAACAUGGUGAAAACCCAUCUCUACUAAAAAAACAAAAUUAGUUGGGCAUGGUGGUAUAUGCUUGUAGACGUAGUUAGGAGGCUGAGGCAGGAGAAUCGCUUGAACUUGGGAGGUGGAGCUUGCAGUGAGCAAAGAUCAUGCCACUGCAAGCCACUCCAGCCUGGGCAACAGAGUGAGACUCUGGCUCAAAGCAAAAAAGACAGUGACAUUCAAUGGAACCAAUACACAUAGAACACAAAAUUAUGUGUCGUAACUAUAUUAGUGGUAUAUACGUACAUGGUAAUUAAAUCAAACAUGGAUUAUGAGGCCAGGUGCGGUGGCUCAUGCCUGUAAUCCCAGCACUUUGGGAGGCCGAGGCGGGCGGAUCAUGAGGUCAAGAGAUCGAGACCAUCCUGGCCAACAUGGUGAAACCCCGUCUCUACUAAAAAUACAAAAACAUUAGCUGGGCAUGGCGGCGCAUGCCUGUAGUCCCAGCUACUCAGGAGGCUGAGGCAGGAGAAUUGCUUGAACCUGGGAGGUGGAGGUUGCAGUGAGCCGAGGUCGCACCACUGCACUCCAGCCUGGCACCUGGUGACAGAGUGAGACUCUGUCUCAAAAAGAAAAACAUGGAUUAUGAAAGACUCACUUUAUAGGUAUAGUCUUAUGGUGCAUAGAUUCUCCUGUUUUGUUUUUAAGCCACUUUAUCCAUGUAACUGACAAAAGCUGUUGUAAUUUAAUGUCUAUAACUUAAUGUGUUUAGAGAUAAGGAUAAGCCCAUGAAGCCAUCAGUAUCAUCUUUGCCACAAACAUUCAUCCUCUCCAAAAGUUUCCUCCCUCAUUUAUCACUAUUUUCUUUGUGAUAAAACCACUUAUAUAACAACCUGUAGCAAAUUUUUAAGUAUAUAAUACAGUAUUGAUAACUAUAGGCAAUAUAAAAUUUAACAUUGUAAAAAUAAAACUAAUUACAAAUGAAUCUACUUAAAUAAAAAUUGGCGGUGCUGGAUAAUUGUGGUUAAAUUUGCAUGAAUCUCUCCCAGAAUCAGGUUUGAGUCUGAUAACAGAGAUUUUUGUUGCCAUGGGCUUUUCUUUAACAACCUUUCUGUUCUGUGUGUAAAUGUUUAAUAUUCUCACUUCUCCUAACAAGGGCUCUUUUAUUUAUGGAACCUUAUCUUGUGUAUUCCUCUCUGGCAUUUAAAGCUUACACUUUAAAUGAAUCUGUUUUUUUGUUUUUCUAUUUUUGUUUCAUCUUUAUUCACUCCAUCCUACCUGGAAGCACAAGCCUCACUAUUUUGCACAAAACAAAAAUUUUAGCUUAUUUUUCCUCAUGCUAGAUAGGUUGUCUUAUUCUGGGACUUUAUCUUCCCAUGAUGUUAAUUUUCAAAUGCAUUUUGUUAAUUUUCAAACCAGUGUGAAUGUGAUACAUCAUUGACUCUCCCCUUUCUCAUGAAUUCUGCCUCAGAAAACCUUGUCUGAGCAGGCUGCCUUCAUGCCUUAAAGCAGCUGUUUCAUGUCUUUCAUCUAAGUUUUGUUAUUGUUAAUAGUGGGUUGGUCCAAUAAAAGCCACAGUCAUGUGGGAACAAAAA